AUACUUAACGACCAGUACUAAUAACAUCUGCUUUUUCAUUCAAUUAUUAAAACAUAUAUCCGUUGAGUUAUGGGAGACAAACAAUUUUUAUGAUAGUGUUUGCAAUUUUACUUAAACAAAUGCUUUCACUUAAAUAUUAUAUAAUUGUUAAUUUAUUUAUUAAAAGUUUACAAUAACUAGUUUUUUUUAUUUCUCGAUACUUUAUUUGUUGCCAAAUUUUUUAUUUAAAAGUAAAUGUUUUCAGUUAAUUAAUAAUUUAUUAAAUUGUGUUAAUAUAUAAGUCAAGAGAUGUCUUAUCGUAAUUCAGAGGUCGGUGUCGGAGAUGCAGUCCUUUUGGACGACUUGUCGAUGAAUGCAUUCGUAGAAAAUCUAAGAAUCAGGCACGGUUCAGCUAAACUAUACACAUAUAUUGGAGAAGUCUGUAUAUCAGUGAAUCCCUACCGGACUGUCAAUAUCUUUGGCAAUGAUUAUGUGAAUGACUAUAAGGGACGGGAAAUAUUUGAAAGGCCGCCCCAUAUAUUCUCAAUCGCUGAUUCCGCUUAUAAGACAAUGAAACAGAGGUUCAAAGACACCUGUAUUGUUAUAUCAGGCGAAAGUGGUUCGGGAAAGACUGAGGCAUCAAAAAUAAUUAUGCGAUACAUCGCUGCCAUUACUAAUACAAGCGGACAACAAGAGAUUGAACGUGUUAAAAAUGUAUUACUUCAGUCAAACUGUAUUUUGGAGGCCUUUGGCAAUGCAAAGACCAACAGAAAUGACAAUUCAAGCCGUUUUGGUAAAUAUAUGGACAUUAACUUUGACUUUAAAGGAGAUCCAUUGGGCGGUCAUAUUAACAAUUAUCUCCUCGAAAAGUCUCGAGUUGUCGGACAACAAACUGGUGAACGAAAUUUUCAUUCAUUUUAUCACUUAUUAAGCGGUGCUUCAGAUCAGACUCUCAACAAGUUUGGUCUUAAAAGAGAUCCAAAUAGUUAUUUUUAUCUUAAACAAGGAGGAAGUCCUAAGGUGGAUUCAAUUAAUGACAAAACUGAGUAUAAGGGAGUGGAAAAUGCAAUGAAAAUAUUAAAUUUUAAUGAAUCGCAAUCUGAGACCUACUGGAAAACACUGGCAGCGAUCAUGCAUUUGGGAAAUAUUGAGUUUAAAGUUGAUGAACAAAAUGAAGAUAAUAUUAAGAUAACAGAUUCAAGCAAAAGAGAGAUCAGUCAAAUUGCAAAGUUGUUGUCAAUCAAUGAAUCUGAAUUAGUGAAGACAUUGUGCCAUAGAGUGAUCUCCGCCGGCGGAGAAGUGAUGUCCAAACAACAUACCAAAGUUGAGGCCACAUUUGGAAGGGAUUCGUUUGCAAAAGCAAUUUACGAGCGAUUGUUCACUCAAAUUGUUGAGCAAAUUAAUAACGCAAUAGAUAUGAGCAAAGAAGCCAAUAGAAGAAGCAUCAGUUCCGGCAAAAAAGGUGCCGUAAUCGGUGUUCUUGACAUUUAUGGCUUUGAAAUAUUUGAUAACAACAGCUUUGAACAAUUCUGUAUUAAUUAUUGUAACGAAAAAUUACAACAACUGUUCAUUGAAUUAGUAUUAAAACAAGAACAGGAAGAAUACCAAAGAGAAGACAUUGAAUGGCAACACAUCGAGUAUUUCAAUAAUGCAAUCAUUUGUAAUUUAGUUGAAGAAAACCAUAAGGGAGUCCUUGCCAUCAUUGACGAGGCCUGUCUUAAUGUUGGUAAAAUCACGGAUGAGUUGCUCCUCGAAAACAUGGAUAACAAACUUGCGAAACACAAACACUAUACGAGUCGUCGUUUGUCUCCAUCAGACAAGACAUUAGUACAUCACAGAGACUUCCGGAUCAAACACUAUGCCGGAGAUGUCAACUAUUCUAUCAUUGGAUUCAUUGAUAAAAAUAAAGAUUCACUUUUUCAAGAUUUCAAACGACUUCUUUAUAACAGUAAUGAUAAAGUUAUAAAAGAUAUGUUUCCCGAGGGAUCUCAACACAUGAGUGCUGUCAACAAAAGACCGCUUACCGCAGGAUUUAUGUUUAAGACUUCGAUGAUUGCAUUGGUUAAGAAUUUGAUGUCCAAAGCGCCAUAUUAUGUGAGAUGUAUUAAACCAAAUGAACAAAAGUCUCCCGUAAUGUUUGAUGAAGAAAGGGUUAGACAUCAGGUCGCAUAUCUGGGACUUCUUGAGAACGUUAGGGUCAGAAGAGCCGGAUUUGCUUAUAGAAUGACUUAUGAAAGGUUCUUAAGAAGAUAUAAGAUGUUAUCGGCGCGAACGUGGCCUAACUUUAGGAGUGGCAAUGAUAAGGAUGGUUGUCGGGUAUUAAUAGAUGAAAACAGGUUUACAAAUGAUGUCAAAUAUGGCAAAACAAAGAUCUUUGUCCGAUCGCCACAAACUAUUGCAACGCUAGAGACUGAAAGGACAAAGUUGUUGCAUAAUAUCGUCGUAUUUUUACAGAAACUAUGGAGAGGUGCCAUCGCUAGGAUGAGGUAUCGCAAAAUGAGAGCAGCGAUGACUAUCAUUCAAUACUACAGGCGCUAUAAAGUUCGCAAAUAUGUCGUUCAACUUCUUCAUCUCUAUAGAAAUGUUAAAAAUUUAAGAGAUUACGGAAAAACACUUCCGUGGCCAACACCUCCUUCUGGACUUAAAAACAAUCCGGGUAUUAGUCAGUUAAGAGCUAUUUAUAUCAAGUGGAGAGCAUUAAUGGUUCUCAAGAGAUUUCCCCGCGAAGAUUGGCCUCAAAUGCAGCUUAAGGUUAUUGCCGCCGAUGUCUUCAAAGGAAAGCGAAGAGAUUGGGGUUAUGCUUACAAAUGGGAAGGAAAUUAUUUGGAUAAAAGUGCCGAAAGUGAUGACUACGGAAAGUUCUCGUCGGCUUUUACUCGACUAACACUUCGAGACUCAACUGGUUGUCGAAAAAUAUUAUUUUCUGCUUAUAUCAAGAAAAUUAACAAAUUUAAUAAAAGUGCCGACAGAGCGGUUGUUGUGACAAAUCAAUACAUUUAUAAGUUUGAUAUUAAGAAACAGUUGCCACUAAAUAAGCCAAUGCCUAUUGACUCCAUUACUGGGAUCAGUGUAUCACCUAAUUUGGAUCAAUUAAUUGCUAUUCAUCUUAGAGAUGGCAAUGAUUUUGUAUUUUCCUUAAUCAAUAUGAAAUCAAAUUUUAAUUCAGAAAUCAAUAGAGUGGGAGAACUGGUGGCUAUUCUCCUUCGUCAGUAUUAUCUAAUUAGAAAACAAGAGUUAAGUAUAAGGGUUGGGACACCCGUUCACUGCAAACUCGGCAAAAAAGAUAAGAUUGUAAAUAUCGACAUCAAUGCCAAUCAACCAUCAGUUAUGUUCAAAAAGAUUUCAUCCGAUUCACUAUCACUUGUGUGGCCAACCAUUCUCUCCAAUGGAAAUCAUUAAUUCAUUUAUAUUUAUAUUUAUACGAUUAUUGUUAUUAAUUAUUAAAUGUUUUAUUAAUACAAAUAUCUAUUUUUCUAA